GUGGUGGCAACUUUGUAAAAGGUUCUUUUUCAGUUGAAGUAACACCGAUAGCCAGUGCUUCAAGUACUACAAAAGAAGAAAACAAAAAAGCUGUUACUGCCAUUAUACGGGACUGUCAUGAACAUUCAGUGACAUCAGAGCAUUUGGCAGAGCUAAGAAAAAAAACGACCUUUUGAUGAACUUCUAUGAAUAAUGCAAAUGAGUGAAGUGUGAGCUUCAAUGCUUUUGUCCAUGAAAAGUCUUGAAGAAGAUGGCUGAUAUAAGCCUGAGGGAAGCAGCACUAAUAGUUGGUGUGGUGGCAGCCUGCUACUGGAACAGUCUCUUUUGUGGCUUUGUUUUUGAUGAUGUUUCAGCAAUUUUGGACAACAAAGAUUUGCAUCCUUCUACUCCAUUAAAAAAUCUGUUUCAGAAUGACUUCUGGGGCACUCCAAUGUCUGAGGAGAGGAGUCAUAAAUCGUAUCGUCCCCUUACAGUUCUUACAUUUCGCUUAAACUACUUGUUCAGUGAGUUAAAUGCAGUUUCUUACCACUUCUUAAAUCUGGUCUUUCAUGUGGUGGUUUGUGUAGUCUUCCUCAAGGUCUGUAAGCUUUUUCUGGACAACAGGAGCAGUGUAGUGGCAUCACUGCUCUUUGCAGUGCACCCAAUACAUACUGAAGCGGUAACUGGAGUUGUGGGCAGAGCAGAGCUUUUAUCAUCGAUCUUUUUUCUAGCUGCUUUUUUGUCAUAUACAAAAUCUAAAGGGCCAGAUAAUACCAUAGUGUGGACUCCAAUUGCAGUGACUGUCUUUCUAGUAGCUGUUGCAACACUGUGUAAAGAACAAGGAAUAACAGUGGUGGGGAUAUGCUGUGUUUAUGAAGUAUUUAUUGCUCAAGGGUACACCUUGCCAAUGUUGUUGGACACAGCUGUACAGAUUCUUCGAGGGAAGGGCAGUAUUCCUUUCUCUAUGCUCCAAACGCUGUUGAAGCUCAUAGUCCUAAUGUUCAGUACACUGCUGCUUGUAGUUGUCCGAGUCCAGGUUAUCCAGUCUCAACUACCAGUGUUUACAAGGUUUGAUAACCCAGCUGCUGUUAGUCCAUCCCCAGCAAGACAGCUGACUUUCAACUACCUCCUCCCUGUAAAUGCUUGGCUGCUUCUCAACCCCUCAGAAUUAUGCUGUGACUGGACAAUGGGAACUAUUCCUCUCGUGGAGUCUUUGUUAGAUGUUAGAAAUGUUGCCACCCUUACCUUCUUUUGCUUUCUGGGAUCUUUGAUUGUCUUCAGUCUUCGAUAUCCUGGGGAUUCCUCCAAGACUGUACUGAUGGCACUCUGCUUAAUAGUGCUACCAUUCAUUCCUGCAUCAAACCUCUUUUUUCCUGUUGGAUUCGUAGUAGCAGAACGAGUGCUGUAUGUUCCUAGCAUGGGAUUCUGCAUUUUAGUAGCGCAUGGAUGGAAGAAAUUAUCACAUAAAAGUGUGCUAAGAAAAAUCUCUUGGGUUUGUUUGGCUGUGGUACUGUUCACUCAUGCCUUAAAAACACUGCACAGAAACUGGGAUUGGGAGUCAGAGUACACAUUGUUUAUGUCAGCUUUAAAGGUAAACAAGAACAAUGCAAAACUGUGGAACAAUGUGGGGCACGCGUUAGAAAAUGAAAAGAACUUUGAAAGAGCUCUGCAAUUCUUCAUACAAGCCACACAAGUGCAACCAGAUGAUAUAGGUGCCCACAUGAAUGUAGGAAGAACUUAUAAAAACUUAAACAAAACUAAAGAAGCCGAAGAAUCAUACAUGAUUGCAAAAUCGUUGAUGCCACAGAUCAUUCCAGGUAAAAAGUAUGCAGCAAGAGUUGCUCCUAACCAUCUGAAUGUUUAUAUCAAUCUUGCAAAUCUCAUUCGAGCAAAUGAAUCUCGCCUUGAAGAAGCGGAUCAAUUAUAUCGACAAGCAAUUAGUAUGAGACCGGAUUUCAAGCAGGCUUACAUCAGCAGGGGAGAAUUACUUUUAAAAAUGAACAAACCUCUGAAAGCUAAGGAAGCUUAUCUUAGAGCUCUAGAACUAGACAGAACCAAUGCAGACCUGUGGUACAACUUGGCAAUUGUUUACAUUGAACUGAAAGAUCCAACAGAAGCCCUGAAGAAUUUCAACCGAGCACUAGAACUCAACCCAACGCAUAAACUGGCAUUAUUCAACUCAGCACUGCUAAUGCAGGAAUCUGGUGAUGCUCGGCUUAGACCUGAAGCUAAACAGAGACUGCUACAUUAUGUGAAAGAAGAACCACAGGAUGCAAAUGGGUACUUCAAUUUAGGUAUGCUGGCAAUGGAUGACAAGAAAGAUAUGGAAGCAGAGGCAUGGAUGAAGAAAGCUAUAAGGCUACAACCAAACUUCCGAAGUGCUUUGUUCAAUUUGGCACUGCUUUAUUCUCAGACAGCAAAAGAAUUGAUGGCUUUGCCUGUCCUGGAAGACCUACUGAGAUACUACCCUGAUCAUACCAAAGGUCUGAUUUUGAAAGGAGAUAUCCUUAUGAACCAAAAGAAGGAUAUUGUUGGCGCAAAAAUGUGUUUUGAAAAAAUUUUGGAACUGGAUCCCAACAAUGUACAAGGAAAACAUAAUCUUUGUGUGGUUUACUUCGAAGAACGAGACUUAAUAAAAGCGGAAAAAUGUUUGGUUGAAACGCUAGCACUGGCACCUCAUGAAGAGUAUAUUCAGCGUCAUCUAAACAUAGUUAGAAGUAAAAUUGCAUCAGUUAGUGCUACAGAACAGUCGUCACUUCCUGCAGAUGGGACUGCAACUGUAGCUACAGAAGAAAAAAAGAAUUCCUUUCGGAAUUUGAAAGAGGUAAAAAAUGAGCAGAAAAUCACCCAAGCCACAGUUGAUACCAAUAAAGGGCACUCAAAAAAUAAGAAACGAACAGAGAAAAACAAUAUGAACAAAGAGACUCCCAAAAAAUCUACAAAAGAAAUUAAAGACAUUGAGAAAAAGAGAGUUGCUGCUUUGAAAAGACUAGAAGAGAUUGAACGUAUAUUAAAUGGUGAAUAGUCUUUAUCACAUCACAGUAGAAUAAGGGGAGAACACUUUUUAGUUAUUAAUAUGUGAUCCAACUGGAAGGUGGUCUCAGUACUUUGAAAGUAGAAAUAAUGUUGACUGCAUAUCACUUGGCAAGCAGCAAAAGGUAUUUCAAUGCUUUAUGUGAGAAAACUGCAACUUUUAAAUACGAUGUGGGAGAUGGGUGAGAAUAGAAGGAUAAAUGGUUGAGAAUAAUCUUAAUUGCAGAAUCCUACUAGUGAGAAAACAACACUCAUAAAAAUCAUUGGUAGUCAGGGAUAUUCAGUAAUGCUUUCAAAGAAUCAGUGUAACAACUGAAUGGAGAAUUAAUGAGAUAAGCCAAACACUGCUGCUUUCCCCCAUAUAAAUCUGUUUGUAUUAUUAUCUACAUUUCAGUUUACAUAUCACCAGUUUAAAUCUUUCUAGACCUCUGCUAUACAUGAAAAAUAAUUUCUGUUUGCAUUGUUUGUUUCCAGAACUUAACAAAAAGUCAUCAAAAUGCCACUGGUUGUAGUAUAGGAGGAUACAACAACACACUAACAUUUUCAGUUGCGUUCUGAAUAUGGAAUGAUAUAACAGCCUUUGAACUGUUCUUUACUUACAAUGCUAAUGGUUUGUACUGUUUUACCUGACAGAAAUCUUAUGGCGCUCUGAAGAUCUUCAGGCUAUGCUUUUACUUUAAAAGGAAAUGUGGGUUUUUUUCUUUAAUUGUCAAUCAACUGGUUGUUUUUAAAACGUACAUAAAAUUUUGAGUGUUUUUCUCACUUUUUCCCCAAUUCAUUGAAUGCUGAUAAAUGCACUUUUGGUACAGUAACCAGUAUGCUAUGCAGUAGUCCUUGUUGACUUUGUAUCAAUGGCUGUGGAUUGACUCCUUGGUGUAGUAAAUUCUUCCUUGUUUAUAGCAAGCUGGCUUUACUAUUUCUGUCAUUGGAACAGUAUUUAUAUUCUCGUUACUUUUUACAGCACUAAUAUAAGCAAUGAUUGCUGAAGGCAGUGUAGUAAUAAUUAAGCCACUGUAUUUAGCAGUGUUUAACACAAGGGAAUGUAGAUGGUAUCCUUCAAAAUACUAAGUUCUGUUGUUUUGAUACUCUGUCAUUGGUGCGUGGUUUUAAAUAUUUAUUUUGCUUACUAAAAUACUCCCAUUUACACUAUUCCACUAAUGCAUCAUUUUAGUUUCUUCCAUGAAAUUAAAAUCUUUACAGUUUCAGUGUUGCUUUUAUCCUUGUGCAAUGCAUAUAUUUUUGUUUAAGUUUAUUAUGAUUACCUAAACCUGAUGUUUUCCUUAAUUAUGAGAAGAGUGUAAGAGCUGGGAUCAGUAAUAAUUUAAUCAUUAAAUCUAACUCUUACUCUUCAUGUUUUGUCUUAUUUAAUGAUAUAGAAGUAUUCCUUAGCAACUCUACUGUUUAAACUUAAAUCCUUUCUGUAACUUCUCAAUGUUCUGCCUUGGGCAGUAAUCCAGCAGUAAAAUGUAGUAUUUAUCUCUGUGGGAGGGAUCUUGAGUGGUUGAAGGUCUUGCAGUGGACCUUGUCUUUAUUAUGUAUCAUUUGUAAUGUUACCACAAUGAUUGCUUGCAUGGUAGUAACAGGAGAGGAAAAAGUGUUUUUUUUAAACACAUGGUUUAAAAGCUGCAAACACAAACAGUACAUAGCGUGCAGCUGGUCUUCAUACAAACGUUUUUGAGUGCUGCCUGUAGUAAAGUGUUCCCAGGAAUCUAUUGACCACACCUUGAAAAUCACUGUUUUACCUUGUCUGUGAAUAACUGUGAUACUUAUAGCUAAAAUAGCUGGUAUGUUGACCUUUAUAGAAACUUGAACUUGGAUGUUAAGUCUUCCUUCCAAACCUUUGUUUUACAAAAGAAUUAGUCAUCAUUCUGGGUGAUACAAAGGAGCAUAAUUUGAAAAUGGAAGGAACUAAGUAGUAAGAAAAGGUACUUUCUGAUUAGUUCUCCUCUCCUGUAUAUCAAGAGCUUCCAGAGUCCUGUGGCCACACUGUUCUUAUUCGGUCUGUAAAUUGAAGAGGGGAGGAAAGGCACAUUCUCUGUUUCUGCAGUUGAGCCUCUGUCACACUGCUCUCCUCUUGUCUGUCCAAGUAGCUCUUCUUUAGGGGCUAGCAAGAAUUGUUAGAUUUAUUGAUGCUAACAGGUCCCAUCAGGUUUAGCUAACUAAAAUCAUCAGACUAAUGUUAAACUGAAGGAUGCUGGAGGUAAGUCUUUCAGUCUGUUAUCAGGUACUCUGCCCCCUUUGUCUCUUUUAAAGAAAUUUUAGUAAAAACAAGUAUUUUGAUUUAUGUCAGUGUGCCGAGUUGUAUUUAGCCUGUUAGGAUGUGUCAACCAAUUUAAAAUUAAACUCUCACGAGAGAAAUGGUUCAGUAAAUUGGAGUGGCAUAGCUUCUGAAAAAUAAUCAAAAUAGUUUUUGUAUGAACAAAUGCUAUCAGAAUGAUUUUUGGCUUUGUCUGCUUGCAGAUAGAACAGAAUAACUGACAGGUGUUUAUCCCCUUUCAAUUCAACCUAUCUUUUGUCCUCUCCCUGCCAUCCUCAUGUGCAAGAACACCAUAAAUGUCAUCCCCUUUCACAACUCCCAGUUUCACUCAUAUGCAAGAACUGGGAAUUUCCAAGGAUGGGACAAGCAUACUAAAAUAAUUUGUAGCCCUUUUCUCAUACAUGCAGAAAUUGUUCAAAGUUAGAUCUACAGCUGCAAUAAGCAUUCUAAGUGUUAUACGCAUUUGUGCAUGUAAUUUCAGUGCAGACUCAUGCAUUUGUCAUUGAUUUUUGGAUCUUUUGCUGGUGAGUAUUUGCAGAAAGAAUUAAAUACAUGUAAACUUAAGGAUUAAUGAGAUAUGCAUGCAUAUAGUUGGAACAACUAGAUGCUUAUGGGUAGUGCAGUUGCAGAAGGACGUGUAAAAUGUG